GAGGGACGGGGGCGCUGCCUUGCCUUGUGCUUCCUUUGCGGUGCCGGCUGGUGAAUAUUUUAAAAGGAAGCGCAGAUCUACUGCUGACAGCUGCAGAUAACGCACAGCUCUGGAGUAUGUCAAAGACAGGAUUCUAGAUAUUUCUCUCGCGCCUCUCGCUCCUGAUUUCUCUACCGCUGGCUCUUUCCGCCCCACUGAGCACGUGGCGAAAGAGGAGCCCCUCACCCUUCCCAAAAUGGGGUGUGCGCGAGGGGCCAGAGUUGUAGAGCGGAUGAGUGGACCAUAAUGGCACUGACGCAUGCCCUGCUGCUCUCCCUCUCUCGCUCCCCUCCCCCUCCCUCAGUUUAUCCAGCUUGAGCUCAGAGAGGCACCUGCACGCGUGCGCUAAGCUCCCCCUCCCUUCAUCGUUUCUCUCCCUCUCUCUCUCGCUAUCAUAUGUGCCUCAGCAGCAGCCAGUGCUGUGACAGAACAGGACCGCUAUAGCACUGGUGCUCUCUCAGAUAGGAAAUCACAGAGCUGAGGACACAAGGAAAGACAAAGACAUACAGUGAAAUAACGGGAGGAAGAAAGAGAGUGAGGCGGAAGAAUAAGUGGGAGAUGGGUGGCUGUGGGAGAGAGCACAGUCGCAUGAGCGCUAAACAAUGGCACACGAGGCACGUAUAGAGCUGUAGUCAGACAGCGGGGAGACAGAGAGGGAGAGGGAAGGAGAGACGGGGGUUUGGGGAGGGGAGUGAGUCUGUUGUGACUGAGAGAGGGGGGUGGGGUGGGGAAGGUAACAGAAAGAAGGAUGGGCCUCCUAUACAGAGCUGCAGUGGCUUUGCCAGUCCUGGAUUAAACAGAAUGCUGGAUAAGAGCGAGGUGUCCACACUGAGUCUUCCGCCCUCCACCAGCCACGGGGGCUCGGAUGGCAACAUCAGUGUGGAGGCGACGGCCUCGGAGGCCGGCGAGGUGCAGCGGACGCGCGCAGCCCUGGAGCACCUGCAGCAGAAGAUCCUCAAGAUCACCGAGCAGAUCCGCGUCGAGCAGGAGGCGCGCGACGAGAACGUGGCCGAGUACCUUAAGCUGGCGCAUAACGCCGACAAGCAGCAAGGGGCGCGCAUCAAGCAGGUGUUCGAGAAGAAGAAUCAGAAGUCAGCGCAGACCAUUGCACACUUGCACAAGAAGCUGGAGCACUACCACAGGAAGCUCAAGGAGAUCGAACAGAAUGGUCCGGCCCGUCAGCCCAAGGAUGUUCUCCGGGACAUGCAGCAGGGUUUGAAGGACGUGGGUGUACACAUGCGCGCAGGCUUCAGCGGCUUCGGCGGCGGCAUGGUGGAGGGCGUGAAGGGCAGCGUGUCGGCGCUCACGCACACGGCUGUCGUCUCCAAGCCACGGGAGUUCGCCAGCCUCAUCCGCAACAAGUUCGGCAGCGCCGACAACAUCUCCCAGCUCAAGGACCCGCUGGAGGACGGCCACGGCCACGAGACACCGCGGGCGCUCAGUGGCAGUGCCACACUCGUCUCCAGCCCUAAGUACGGCAGCGACGACGAGUGCUCCAGCGCCACCUCUUGCUCGGCUGCCGGCAGCAACUCUGGGGGAGGGGGAGGAGGGGGCGGGGGUGGGGCGGCCAUUUUGGGUAGCCCCCGUCUGGACGGACACCAUCACCACCACCAUCAUAUGCACAGCUCGUGGGAUGCCCUGCUGGAGGGGCUCCAGGAGAUCAAGGCCAGCCAGGCCCAUAUGGAGGACGCCAUAGAGGACAUGAAGGGACAGCUUCAGAGCGACUACUCUUACAUGACCCAGUGCCUGCAGGAGGAGAGAUACAGGUACGAGCGGUUGGAGGAGCAGCUGAACGACCUGACUGAACUCCACCAGAAUGAAAUGACCAACCUGAAGCAGGAGCUGGUCAGCAUGGAGGAGAAGGUGGCCUAUCAGUCCUAUGAGAGAGCCAGAGACAUCCAGGAGGCGGUGGAGUCGUGCCUGACCCGCAUCACCAAGCUGGAGCUCCAGCAGCAGCAGCAGCAGGUGGUGCAGCUGGAAGGGGUGGAGAACGCCAACGCCCGCGCCCUCUUGGGCAAGCUCAUCAACAUCAUCCUGGCCCUCAUGGCCGUGCUGCUGGUCUUCGUCUCCACCAUGGCCAACUUCAUCACCCCGCUCAUGAAGACCCGCACCCGCGUCGCCUCCACUGUGUUCGCGGCCGUCUUCCUCUUCGCCCUCUGGAAGCACUGGGACUUCCUCGAGCUCUGGUUGCUCCCCAGCUGAGCUUCUUUUCCUCCUCCUUUUUUUGUCCCCACCACACCUUAUUUUACCAUUCACUCCUUUCUUCCUUUCCUUCCCCUCUCUCUUUUCGGUCCUCUGAUUCCACCGCCCAGCGCUCCCUCUCCUCUCCUCCCCUCCCCCAUUAACCGGCUCCGAGGGGGGAAACGGAUCUGAUGACGAAGCACAGACCUAUUUGAGACACGACCAACCAAAUCUGCUGCACGGGAACAGCAGGGGAUAGAAGUCGUGCGGUUAUUUUGUCAGUUUUCUUUUUUUUUUCUCUUCUUUUUUUUCUAAAAGAAACAUUUGCACUUUUUCCCUGCACACUGUCGCCGUUUUUGAGCGGCACGUCAUCCUCCUCACGAAAAAAAGCUGUGACAACAGGGGAUUUUGGCGCUGUGACGCCAACGAGCUUUGCGAGCUGAUAGGCGUGAGCUCGCUGUGAACUGCCCAACUUGCAUGUGAAGGCUGACUAAUGAGAACUAAUGGCCGACGAUGACUGAAGCGUGACUGAUAAGGCUGAAA